AUUAAUUGUUGUUAUUUUGGGUUGUUAUAUUAAUGACUUGGACUGGUUACCAGCCAAUUACAGAACACAUAGUACAUAUUCACAUUCAACUGUAAGUACUUUUAUUUAUUUAUUUUCUCAAUUUUAUUUUAUUUUGCGUUGUUUUGUUCUAUUUUAUUUUAAGAAACAUUCAGUCAUAUUGACUUUUGGUGCAGGUUUCUGGUAUUGUGUUACACUGCUAUUUGGCUGUAUAUUUGGCAGUGAAGCAGUUAAAAGUGACACGGCUUCUCUUUCUCAUGUGUCAGGGGGCAACACACACACAUACACACUGGAUGGAAAAACGAUACCCAGGGAGUCGUUUGGAACACGCAAAGAAAAUCAGCAAAAAAAAAAAAAAAAAACACAGUAGAAGUUAUUCCGCACAAUAUUCAUGGCAUCUCUUAUGUGAGUUGAAAAUGGGCUGACUUUGGGUGGAAAACAAGACUUAAAUUAGAACAGCAGAAGCAGCAGUAAGUGAUACACACACAAACACACACACACACACACACACACACACACACACAAAGACGGACUGUCCCUUGGAAAAGUCACGCAGCCUAAGCGUCCACAAACAGAUGGAUAGAGUUACACUGCAGUCACCACCACCCUGAGCUUCCUUGCCAUACAGAUAAAGACGGUCUCUCACACCUUCAUCCUGGAAGCGACGUGCACCCGGCAGGUACAUCUGUCCUCCAGGUACAAAGCUGGACACGUGGGGAUGAAUCCUGGAAGCAUCACGGAAAAAAGAACCAAGCUUAGGAAGACUGAAUCGCGAGAGGAAAAGUGGAGGAUGAAUUAGGCCAUCUGAGGAAGUGGAGAAGACGAGUAUGACAGAGAGAGUGAGUGACUUCCAAGAGCAGAGCUUCCACAAGCUCCGGCGGGCGUGCCUCCGACGCGGCGCCCUGUUCAAGGACCCCGAGUUCCCCGCCGCCGCCCAGGCGCUUUUCUACAAAAGGGCGCCGCCGCCAGGCCUGACCUGGAAGAGGCCGCGGGAGAUCUGCAAGGACCCGCGUCUGUUCGUUGACGGCAUCAGCACGCGUGAUCUGCACCAAGGAAGUUUGGGGAACUGCUGGAUGGUGGCCGCCAUUUCCUGUCUGGCGUCCGAGCCCACCUUGUGGAAAAAAGUCAUCCCCGACCACAUGCACCAAGAAUGGAACCCCAAGCGUCCAGAUUUGUACGCAGGGAUCUUCCAUUUUCGCUUCUGGCGCUUCGGUCGCUGGUUGGACGUGGUGGUGGACGACCGCCUGCCAGUCAGCAGCGACGGGGUUCUGCUCUUCUGUCGCUCGGCCACGCCCAGAGAGUUUUGGAGCGCCCUGCUGGAGAAGGCCUAUGCCAAGCUAAAUGGAUGCUACGAGGCCUUGGAGGGAGGAAACACGGCCGAGGCUCUGAUCGACUUCACCGGGGGGGUUUCGGAGCCUCUCAGCCUGAAACGCGAGACCCUCAGCCUGCACGCCGACCAAAGGAAGUCUCUCUUUCAGACGCUGGCCAAGGCCCACGAACACAAAGCCCUCGUCACAUGCUCCAUUCGGCCGUCUGAAGGCGAGACGGUGGAGUCAGUGAUGGACUGCGGGCUGGUGAGGGGACACGCUUACGGGGUGACGGCGGUGAGGAAGGUGUGGAAGGGAAGCGGAACAUCUAGACUGUUCUUGGUGCGCAUGCGGAACCCGUGGGGCACUACCGACUGGACGGGCGCUUGGAGUCAGCGGUCACAGCAAUGGCAGCAGAUGAGCCGUGCAGAGAGAGAGAAGAUGGGACUUGUCGUUCGGGAUGUUGGCGAGUUCUGGAUGGACUUUGAGGACUUUUGUGGCUACUUCACGGACGUGGUGGUGUGCCGCCUGGUGGAGAGGUCUUUCCUGUGGCCCAGCUCCCACUGGAGGGAGGUGCGCUGCUACGGAGAGUGGGCCCCGGCGCCAUCAUGCCCCAGUAGGCCUCCGUCGGCCGUUUGCGUGCUGAGCCGGAGGAAGGAGGAUCCGGUUGAGGAAGGAAGAAAUGGAGACGGUGAGGAGGAGGAGAACGGAAGCCGGGAGGCGCAGAUGGAUAAGAGGAGCCGAUGCGGAGGAUGUAUCAACCAUAAGAACACUUUCCUGCAUAAUCCACAAUUUAUGUUUGAGAUCCGAGGCCACGAGGAGGAGGUGCUCAUGUGUCUGCAGCAGGAGGACCAGAGGGUACGAAGGAAGGACGGCGGAGGAGACAACCUACCCAUCGGUUUUGAGGUGCUCAAGCAUCUUGAUUUAUUGUGAUUGGAACCACCUGUGAAGAGCUGUUAAGUGGGCGUGUGUAAUAAAAAGCCUUCCUGCAUGCUGCACAGUUGGGUCCCUACAAGCUGUCGCCGCAGUAGUCGCAGUGAAUGGUGUCCAACAGA